GGUAAUGUAGUCCAACAACAUUUUAGUUAGCCUACUUCCCACAUGCAUGAUUGUUUACGCCUACAAACCUGCUCAUGAACUAGACUAGACUUUGUUGAUGGCCCUAGAAGGCUCAACAGUCAAGCUAUUCCCCAUUCUAAACAUUUGGAGGAAGGCGUCGACAUGCUACGGGGCAAAACUAUAAUCGUGACCGGGGCAAACAGUGGCAUUGGAAAAGCCACGGCCGCGGAGAUGCUGCGGUGUCAGGGCCGAGUGAUCAUGGCAUGUAGGAACCGAGAACGGGCGGAGAAAGCAGCUCAAGAGAUCCAACAGGAGGCCGGACCAGAGCAAGGGGAACUAGUGAUCAAACUCUUGGACCUGGCGUCGCUGAAAUCUGUCCGUAGUUUUUGCGAAGAGAUAAUGAAGGAAGAGUCAAGGAUUGACAUCCUAAUCAACAAUGCUGGAAUCUACCAGUGUCCAUACACCAAAUCAGAAGAUGGAUUCGAGAUGCAGUUCGCCGUCAAUCAUCUGGGUCACUUCUUGCUCACUAACCUCCUGCUGGAUCUCCUCAAACGCUCUGCUCCUAGCCGGAUCAUUGUAGUGUCCUCCAAGCUCUACAAGUACGGUGAAAUAAACUUUGAUGACCUGAACAGCGAGCAGAGCUAUGAUAAAGCUUUUGCCUAUGCACGGAGUAAACUAGCCAAUCUUCUUUUUACUCUGGAGCUCUCUCAUCGACUCGAGGAGACCGGUGUGACAGUAAAUGCUCUCACCCCAGGGAUUGUGCGGACUAACCUGGGCAGGCAUGUCCACAUCCCACUGCUGAUGAAGCCACUAUUUAACCUGGCUUCACGGGCCUUCUUUAAGUCCCCUGAGGAAGGUGCACAGACUUCUAUCUAUCUGGCCUGCUCUCCGGAUGUGGAGGGCGUUCAGGGGAAGUGCUUUGCUAACUGUCAUGAAGAACAACUAUUAGCUAAGGCCACAGAUGAGGAGGUGGCCAAGAAACUGUGGGACAUCAGUGAGGUGAUGGUGGGCAUCACAACCUGAAAUCUCAAGACUUAAGAAUUUAAGUCACCUGUCCUUUAUUAUUUCAAAAUCGACAACUCAGAGAGUAAAGUACCAUCAAGCAUUUUAUCUUGGAAAGAAAACAGGCAAAAUGUAUGGUUACAUCCACAGGAGGGAGCAGUUUUG